AUGCUAGUGAAUUAAUCAACUUGUAGUGAAUCAGCAACAACAUCUAUUUAAAAGACUUAAGAUUAAGAAGUAAAAUGAUAUAAUAAUUGUAGCAAAUGAAAACAACGAUAUUUUAAUUGGAAGAAGAGAUUUCAGGAUUGAAGGGACAAAUAAAAGUAUUAUGAUUAUUGAAAAUAGAUGUGGGAAGAGAAGUAUGAAGAAUAGGAACGAAUCCAUAAUAGAGAGAUAGUGUAAUUAAAGUGCAAUUUAGAUAAUUCUAUAUUUGAGGAUUAGCGUUGUGAUGAAAAUGAUCUUUAAGUUAUAUAAGAAGAGACUGAAUUUUAUCAAAAGAGUUUAGGAUAAUCAGAAGUCACACCUUGCAAGAUAGAAACCAAUAAUUUAUUGAAGAUUCUAGAUCAAAUUGAAAUGGAUGAUACAAUAGAUUUAUAAUGUGAUUAGGAGACAUUCAUAGUAUAUAAAGUUACCAAAUUAGUAGAGAUGAUUUAGAAGAUGGAAUUAGAAUUAGAUGAUUGGAAAAGGAAUUAUUGGAUAUUAGAGAAGAAAUUAAAUCAGAUAUUGUUAUAACAAUAAGAUAAAUUACUGAAGUAGGGAUCUGAAGAGAUAGAAAUUGAAUUUGAUUUUGAUAAGAAGAAGCUUAUUACAAAGAAUCAAGAGAACAAAACUAUUAAACACAACGAUGAUGUUUAAGUAUUACUUGAUGAAAUUAAACGACUAAAAUAAUUAAAUGCAGAAUUGAUAUAAUAAUAAAAGUCUAUGACUAAAUAAAUGCUUGAGCAAUUGAUUAUUAAAUAAAUGAAGAGUGAUUCUAAAAAUAGAUGCUUGACUUAAGUUAGUGAACCAGGAGUGAAAUAAUAAACAGUCAUAAGAAAUAAUAAUAGUCAACAUUAUAAACAACUUAAUAAAUCACCUCAUGUUGAACCUCGUAAUCACUAUUUUAGUCAAUAUUUUUAAGCUCAAUAACAUCAUUAACAAUUAAGUAUGAGAAUUCAACCUCAAACUAAUAAUUUGAACAUUAAUCAAUCAAAUCAUUCAUAUGAAUAACCUAAAACUUCAACACCAACAAUUUAUGCAACUCCAGUAAUGAUAAAAUAUACAAAUGGAAGUCCUUUCAAUCAAGCAAAUAAAAUAUUACAAUUCUGA